AGGUAAACAAGCGCUGACACUCGCUGGUGGCACACAAUCAAAUGAGAUCCAAUAUCAGGAAUUCUGCCUCUCCAAUAAUUGCCAUUAAUAAUAACAGUGAUCACUCUCAAGACAUGGACUUACAUCAUUGGAGGAUAUGGGACCUACCAGAAUGUCAUUACGCUUGCGAGUAAGUUUCAGCUUUUUUAAUUUUGUAUUUAUGAAACUAACACUUUCAAAUGAAUAAUGCUAGCAUUAGCUUUGAGGACUUCCAAGCCAUAAAACAAUAGACAUUCAUACUUUGUCUGAAUUAAAAUUUUCAGGAAUUGUCAGCAAUGGGAUAUGGAUAAACUGAUAAAAGAUCCAGUAAUUUUUUUAAAGUUUCUUUAACAUUGCCAUUUUUGGCAUUUGUGCAUUUAACUCCGCCAAAAAUGGUCUGAGCACUUAAAAAAACGUACAGGACAGUUUCCAAAAGGUUCUACAAAAUAUAAAAGACUGACCCAGACAGUGGAAUAAUUCUGGAUACUAAGAUCCACCAUAUAGCAGAAAAAAUAAGGGGAUCUUUGGAAUUUUCAUCAUUAGAAAACUGAAUUUGUGUAUAUAAUUCCACAAAAAAUGGUCUGAGUAGUUGGAAAAAAGUACAGGAUAGUUUUCAACAGGUUUUACAAAAUAUCAAAGACUAGCGAUGUGCAAGAUAUCAGCAUAAAAUGCGAUAUUGGUUGAUAUCGAUAUUGUAUUUUUUCCCGAUCAUCAAACCUAUAUUUAAAAAAUCCUGUAUAUAACAGAUAUGUGUUCAUUCCACCACAGGAGAUAUGUCAUGUCACACAUAUCGGUAUCGAUAUCGAUGUCUGUAGCGGUAUCGAUAUCGGCUGAUAUAUCGGUCAAAAAGUCAAUAUCGGACAUCUCUCGCAAAGACUGAUCCAGAAUAAUUCCGAAUACUGCAAUAUGAUCCACCGUAUGAAAUGAAAAAAUAAGGAACCACAUUCAACAACCACCAUUAGCCACAACACUGUGGAAUCUGGGGGGUGCCAAAUGAUUUGUCAUAUCUUCGUAAGCUAUGAGUUGUAUCCAGAAGAAAACAUCACGGAAAAUGCCAUUUUUGUGAAUAACUACUGAACUAGUAUUGAUAUCAUAAUGAAUCCAAUUACUAAUGCUAUGUUUUCAUGGUCAAGGAAUCUAAAUAUUAAGAUAAAUUACAAUAAGGGGGUACUUAUGGCGCUAUCCGAGUGCUUUUCUAGUUAUGUAAAAAAAUAUGCUAAACUUCAGGAGGCCAGCUUGAAGCAAAACAUUCCGGUUUACGUCCACUUGCAGUAUUUGUUGUGCACAGAUAUUUUCAAACUCUUCAACCCCAAACUGCUGGGUCCGUCCCCAAUGGCGACCUUUCACGGAAGGCCCACCACCGUCAACCAGACAGGUUUCAACUUUGCCGUGACGGGACACAACACCCUGCAAGUCAUCCUCACUUUUAGUUCAAAGCCUGUCGCUAUGACGAUGUCUGAUCCUUUGAUCGAUUGUUUGUGUUUUCUCUUGACAGGAACGUGUCGGAUCAAAUCCGUCACAUGAUAAAAACCUUCAAAUCAUUUCCUGGUCUGAGCUUCCACCAGGACUGGAAGUUGGUGACCCUGCUGAUUGGCAUGAAUGACAUCUGUGAUUACUGCAAGAACAAGACCCUGUUCUCUGCUGACAGCUUCAUCCACUAUAUGACUGAAGCCCUCGACAUGAUGAUGAACAAGAUCCCGAGGACCAUCAUCAAUGUGGUGCAGAUCCUCCCCAUGAAGCCCCUCAGAGACGUCCACAAGCCCACGCUGGGCUGUCAGCUUCAAAAGCGCUUCUGCUCGUGCCUCGUUCAACCCGAGGAUAACUCCUCCCAGCUGGAGGAACUGGUCCAGGUGAACGUCCAAUUCCAGAGAAAACUUCGGCAACUUCUCCAGGGUGACCGUUUCUUCAAAAAGGAUUUUGCCGUCACUCUGCAACCUUUUUUGGAAAAGGCAGGACCGCCCAGACUUCCUGACGGUACAGUGGACUCCAGCUUCUUCACGGCAGAUUGUUUCCACUUCACCGUCAAAGGACACGAGGAACUGGCCAAGGGACUGUGGAACAACAUGUUCCAACCCGAAGGAGAAAAAGAGAUGAUUGAAAGCUUUUCAAAGCCAAUAAAACUAAUUUGUCCACCAAAGGAGCAUCCUUAUAUUUACACCAGACCAAAGACCAAGUCAUCGACACCAACAAUGAAACUGUCUUCUCUGACUACAUUCUUGUUUGUUGUGUCCUCUUUAAUUCUCUGUACUAUUAAUAAUAAUUAUUAACAUACAUCCACACCAUUCAUGGCAUCUAUGCAUGAUGUUUCCACAAACUCCUUAAUACGCUUGAAUCUUUUUGACACAUCUUUACUUGUGUUGUCAAGUUUUUACAAUUUAUACACUGUG